CCGCGACGCGUUGACCGUGCAGGGCAGGGAGCACACGCAAGCCGCGACGCAACUUACGCGCAGGCGCACAUCGACCUACAGUCGAAUUUUUGCCCUACGCGCGUGCGGACGUAUUCCUAAUCGCCGCGCGUCGUCGCGUCUUACGACUUGUUUACAAACCAUUACCCAAUUAGUAUUCUUAUUGGUGCGUGAUGAAACUCUAAUACGUGUGUAACAGAACUAAAUUGUUGUUGUUUGUUAGGCGAAAGCGUCGAUGCGAUCGGGGUGCGUCACUGUGUUUGGACCGAGCUUGAAGAUGUCUACGUUGAGUGUGAGGGCUCCCGGCCUACAGGCCACUACAGUGCUGGACGUUAGGUCGUUGAGAGUGCGCGGAUUGACCACUCUCAAUACGGUGCGAAGAAAUCUGUUCGGCUGCACGGACAGAGAGGAGAACCGGCGAUUCGCCGAGAGAGAACUAUCCCGCCAAUUGGAUUUGGACAGCCAGCGAUGGGGCUUCGACUUCGCAAAUGAAAAACCUCUACCGGGCACGCAGAGAUUCGCAUGGCAACUCGUUCCAGCUUCAGCCAUCCCGGCUGCGCUACGACGAGCGCCGAUCACCAUAACAGCACAGAAACCAAACACGCCAGCUAAAGAAACUAAUGUAUCCAGCCCGGACAGCAAUAAGACUCAAAAGAGAAUAACAGAUUUCCUGAAGCCCCGCAAGCGGCUGUCGAGCAACGGCAAGAAGUCUCCGGCGCACAAGCACAAGCCGGAGCUGCACGCGCACCUGCGGCCGCCCAAGGUGGCUCGGCUCGCGCAGGCGCACUACAAGCGCGCCAGCUAGGCGCCGCCCGCGUGUGCGCUCGCCUCUGGCAGCUGACCGGCGCGACCAGCGAGUUGAGCUCAAACCAAAGCGCUAACUUGUAUAUUAAGCGGAGCCGGGACCCGUCGGCUGUAAUCAUGUACGGUUCACUUGGAACGAUGAGAACGCGGCUGCGAAGCGUAAAUUGUGCAAAUUAAUUUUAUACCCCUUAAUUUAUUUUCGAUUUAUCGGCUUUCGCCGAGGAGAACAAUUAUAAUAAUGUUAAGUAAUUGUAAGAUAGUUUCAGACAUUAAUAUAUUGUAGUCCCCCGUCACAUCACAAGCGCUCCAGGGCGGGAGCGGAUCGCGUCUGAAUUCGUCUGAGCAAUAUAUUUAUAAUGUGACAAUUAAUUUUAAGUUUAAUAUGAUCUCUUUGACAAUAAUUUAAGUUAGUUUAGGGUAGGCUAGGUCGGUGUAAGUCUGGACUAAAUAAUGUCGAAUGAGAUAAAGAUUUGUUUAAGUAGGUACUCCAUUGCAAUAUUAACACAGUAGCGACGCCUCGGAUAUGCUUCCACACUCGUGUAGGAAUUAAAUUUUUACACCGCGUUGAAGUGUCUCUAAAGCUCUCUUUGAAGCGAUGCGCAGUUUUCUUGAAUUUUCCCUCGAAUAUAUUCGGAGAAAUUUCAAAAAUAACAUCGUUCAAUACACUAAGCAAUAGAAAAGUUUAGCUUAAGUGAAAUACAAAUACUCAAAGGUAUGUCUUGUUACGCAGUGUAACAGUUUUUUGCCAAUUUAAUUUAAAUGUUAGGGACACGGUUUAUUGCGAACAUUGAGUAUUUGUGUUUUCCGAUCCGAGCGAUCGAAUAUCAUAUUAGUCCAUUUGUUUUGUUGUUAUAUUUUAAUAAUGGUUUAUAUGUUUAUGAUUAUAUUGAUGAUUGUUUUUUCAAUAUUUAAUAUCUAAAGUUUUUCGAAUGUUUUGAUGUGAGCAUUUGCGUUGAAAUGUUUAUCAAAAUUGUAUGUUUCGGAGGCGGCGAGCUGCUCUUGAUAAAGUACAAAUUAUUCAUUUCUGUUUAGGAAAAGGGGCAGCGGGAUCCUUUAAAAGACACUCAUUUUCAUUAUACAUUAACUAUUUUCAUUUAACUUUAAUUAAUAUGUACAUGGUGUUUGUUUGUUGCGGGCGGCGUGUGGAGUCCAUACUGUCCGGUGAACACUGGGUUUUAAUAUACAUUGUAUCAAAUCAACGUAUUAUAUCAUUAAUAUUUAAUAAUAUAUUCUUAACCCCAUUAAAUAAUACAAUGGUAAAAUAAUUUAAAUUAAAAAUAACACAAUGAAAAUCCAAAAUACAGUUAUUAUGUUUAUAAUGAUUACAUUACGCAUGUUAUUUCUAAGAUUACAAGUCGAUUUGAAAAUAUGAAUUGUUAAUAAAAUCUUAAAUCAUUUUGUAUGAAACAAUAAAAGCAAAUUCCAGUAUUGUCCGGGUAUUGUAGACUACCCACAUUCGCUCGCAACAGAGCGUUCGGCCAGCGCAGGCGUCAGUAGCGGAUAGGUCUGACUAAAAUAAUGAAAUUUUUAAUGAACUUUGAACGUUUGACUAUUAAAGACACGAUUUAAAGUGCUGUUGAAACAUUAAUAUAUUUAUAAUCUAUGCGGUGUUCGUUUACAUUUUGACUUGAUUUGAAAUUUAUGAAUUGUGUUACGUAGCCCCUUGGGCAGAUGACUCGAAACGCCUAUAGUUGUAGUUUCAAAUAAUUGCCCAAGAACGGUGGAUCUUAGACAAGUAUUUGACAUCCCCUCGGUCAUCUGUUCGAGCGACUACAAUGAAAUAUUUAAUUAGAUUUUGUUUGAAUUGCGCCGAAAGCGAUGGGCUAUCAUGUGGUGACGAGGUAUCGUCGUGCGAACGCGUUAAUUUUAAUUUAAUUUCUCUAACACCUGUGAUGUAUUAAAUAUGAUCUCAGAACAUAAUCGUACUGUAUGCAAAUGUCAUAUUAUAUAUUUUGUUUAAAAUAGUGUUAGUUACUGGACUGGAUGUAGGCUUUGGUAACUACUCAACGCGUAUCCCUCGUUAUUGAGAAAUAAUUUAAUACAUCAAAUAAUGUUUAUAUUAAUAAUAAGUUUCGGUUCUCGUCGACUCACUUGUAAAUUGCACUGUAAAUUGUUGCACAAUGUGUAUUUAUUGAAUUGUUAGUCGGCGAGCGUUAAUGGGAUACAAGCAUACAUACAUACAAACACGUAAGCCGCAGAGGCAACUCGAUCUCGAGUCCACAAUAUAACAAUAGAUUAAGCAAUUGUCGCGCUAGAAGCGACCGCAGUCACAAGAGCAAACAAUGUUGUAUAUAUUCGGCAAAUGUUUUCUAAUAUACCUUUAUAGUGUAUCGAGUUCCAUAUUAUAUUAUUUUGUGUAAUGUGUAAAACUUAAAUUUAGUUUAAAAAAAGCUUACUUCAUACGGUA